CUGAUUUUACUAGUCCUCGCUUCACUAUAGACAGAUCCAACUGGUUUACAUUUCGUUGGGACCGGGAGAUCCGCAAGGAGUUCAAAUAAUAAUAAUAACAGAGUGCGAUGAAAGCAUUGGCCUUCUUAGGAGAUCCGGUGAAACUUUCAAAUUCAUGAUUCAGAUGCUCGUCACCGUUGCCCCAUUUCCAGUUCGCCAAGGUUUGUUUGCAAUUACAAACAAGAUAAAUGGGCCUCGCUCCCUGCCCUCGCGAGUUUGACUGGCUCGAGACCGCCCCCGCCCUCACGCCCAUUGGCUCCUUCGGCGUACACGAAGGAAAGAGGCGUGGCCAGCGCGGGGCGGGGCGCGGCUGGGCGGCGACGCGGUGACGACAGACGAGCGCGCGCGCGUGGGCGUGGUCUCACUUUGAACCAGGUUGGCGGGGAAGCAUUUUGGCGUCCGCUGCAGGCUUCCAGCUCGGUCCUCCUGGGAUGGAACCCGCCGUGGGAGGCGAGGAAGACAGCCGGGGGGGCCCGGCGACGGGAGAGUGCGUGGAUAGGGUUCUGGUGCCUAGAGCUCCUUCCAUUGAGGAAUUCAGUAUAGUGAAGCCCAUUAGCCGUGGCGCCUUCGGGAAGGUGUAUCUGGGGCAGAAAGGAGACAAGUUGUAUGCUGUGAAGGUUGUCAAAAAAGCUGACAUGAUCAACAAGAACAUGACUCACCAGGUCCGAGCUGAGAGGGAUGCACUGGCUCUAAGCAAAAGUCCUUUCAUUGUCCAUUUGUACUAUUCACUGCAGUCAGCAAACAACGUCUAUUUGAUAAUGGAGUAUCUUAUUGGUGGAGAUGUCAAGUCUCUCCUACAUAUCUAUGGUUACUUUGAUGAGGAGAUGGCUGUGAAAUACAUUUGUGAAGUUGCACUGGCUCUCGACUACCUGCAUAGGCAUGGAAUUGUCCACAGGGAUUUGAAACCUGACAAUAUGCUUAUUUCUAAUGAAGGUCAUAUUAAACUAACAGAUUUUGGCCUUUCCAGAGUUACUUUAAAUAGAGAUAUUAAUAUGAUGGAUAUUCUUACAACACCAUCAAUGGCUAAACCUAGAAAAGAUUAUUCAAGAACCCCAGGACAAUUGUUAUCUCUUAUCAGCUCUCUGGGAUUUUUCACACCAGUGACCCAAAGCAAUCAACACUCUGCAGAUAUUCUUUCAACUCAUAUGUCUGAAACAUCACAGCUUUCUGAAGGAAUAACUUGUCCUAUGUCUAUAGAUGAUUCUAACAGAAUGUUUCAAUCAGGUGAACUUGAGCACAGUUGUCUUGAAACAGUUGCCUCCAAGCCGGGAAUCCCUGUGAAGUGUCUAACUUCUAAUCUGCUCCAGACUAGGAAAAGACUGGCCACGUCGAGUACCAGUAGUCAAUCCCACACUUUUCUAUCCAGCGUGGAAUCCGAAUACCACAGCAGUCCCCAAUGGGAAAAGGAUUCCCAGGAAAAUGACGAUGUACCACGGGACUCUGAGGUGAUGAGUUGGAAUACGAAUGAGGAACCUUCAUGUGCAAAAUUCACAAGUGCCCGCAAGACCAGCAGUUUGGACACUAAGCAUCUGGAGUUAGCCCUUUCUCCCAUCAACAGCAGCAGAGCUGACCCUGCCACUGGCACCUCUUAUGUCAACCUCACUGAAAACCACUUCCUCGGGAAAGCUUCCUGGGAAGCAAGAGAACUGGAUAUAAAUAAUAUGGCCACUGACACAAUGCAGUCGGGACUGUAUCCAGCACGUCAGUGGACUGUGGAUCCCAGCAGCAUGACUGAAGAGUGCCUUGGAAAAAGAAGUUUUAAAAGAAACAUUGAGUUAGUUGACUCCAGCCCUUGUCGGGAAAUCAUACAGAAUAAAAAAUACUGCACUGACAUGAAGUGUAGCAAUCCGAUGAGAGAUGGUCACACAAAUCAAAGCACGGGCUUAACAACUGAAAUCCAGGACCUUCAGCUCUCGGUACACAGAAGUCAGCAAAGUCACUCUGCAGAUAAGGAAAACACUAUCUGUGCUUUUACCGAUAAGCAGCAAACACCAGAAAAAUCACCCAUCCCAAUGAUAGCGAAAAAUCUCCUAUGUGAACUGGAUGAAGAUUGUGAGGGUAAUAAGAAGGAUCACUUGAGUUCUAGUUUUCUGUGUUCUGACGAUGAUAGAGCUUCUAAAACUAUUUCUAUGAACUCUGAUUCCCCAGUUGCUGGCAUCUCUAUGAUGCACAGUCCAUUAGAAAAGCAAUCCUUAGACCCAGAUAAAAGCAUCAGAGAGUCCUCUUUUGAAGACUCGCAUUUGGAAGACCUGCUUACUGUGUCACCCACUGGCCAAGAAAAUACCUUGCCCGAUGGGGACAAAAAUCCUGCCAUCCAAGAGGACAGUGACCAAAAAAUGUUAGCUCCUGCUACAGAGGCGUUGAGAACAUUAAUCUCUAAAAAAAAUGCUGUAGCUUUUCGAACUUUUAACAGUCACAUUUAUGCAUCCAAUAACUCAGAACCAUCCAAGAUGAGCAUGAAUUCCUUAGAUGCAAUGGAUACGUCAUUUGCUUAUAGUGGUUCAUAUCCCAUGGCUAUAACUCCAACUCAAAAAGGAAGAUCUCAUAUUCCAUAUCAGCAAACCCCAAAACAAGCGAUGGCAGAAACUCCGUACCGAACUCCGAAGAGUGUGAGGAGGGGAGCGACCCCCACAGACGAAGGGCGAAUCCUGGGAACCCCAGACUACCUUGCGCCUGAGCUCCUGCUGGGCAGAGCCCACGGUCCUGCAGUAGACUGGUGGGCACUUGGAGUCUGCUUGUUUGAGUUUCUAACAGGAAUUCCACCUUUCAAUGAUGAAACACCACAACAAGUAUUCCAGAACAUUCUGAAAAGAGAUAUCCCUUGGCCCGAAGGUGAAGAAAAGUUAUCUGAUAGUUCUCAAAAUGCGGUAGAAAUACUUUUAACCAUUGAUGAUACAACGAGAGCUGGAUUGAAAGAGCUGAAGCGCCAUCCCCUCUUCAGUGGUGUGGACUGGGAAAAUCUGCAGCAUCAGUCUAUGCCUUUCAUUCCGCAACCAGAUGACGAAACAGACACAUCCUAUUUUGAUGCCAGAAAUAAUGCUCAGCACCUGACCGUGUCUGGAUUCAGUUUAUAGCACAGACGUUUUCCUCUUAGUCUAACUUCAUGUUCUAGAACAAGUUUGUAUAAUUAUAUCCUCCUUAACACUUCAGUGAUAUAAGGGUAAAAAAGCUCAUUAUUUUACG